AUGCCACGUUCAUUGCUAAGCGCUGUGGUCCUGCUACUGGGCCUCGCCUCCGGCAUCCUGGCCGGUCGUUUGAGCCAACGUUACUUGCCCGCUCCCCAGGCUAGCCAGUUGCACUAUCAUGGCGUAAGUGGCCAAGGACAUGCUCGUCCUGGUCUGGGUUUGGGUUCAGCAGGAGGAUUCCAGCGUCAGCAUCAGCAACAGCUUCAGAUACCGAUCGUGAGGAGCGACUAUCAGAGUGAUGCCAAUGGCAACUAUAAUUUUGGCUUCGAUACCGGAAAUGGCAUCCAUCGCGAUGAGACUGGCGAGUUCCGUGGCGGUUGGCCACAUGGCUCUCUGGGCGUCCGUGGCUCCUAUUCCUACACUGGAGACGAUGGCCAGCAGUAUACGGUGAACUACAAGGCGGAUAAGAAUGGAUUCCAUGCCGAGGGAGCCCACCUGCCCACAUCGCCAUCGGUGCCAGCCGCUGCUCCAGCUGCAGCUGGUCGCAGUUCGUAUGGCGGCUACAGGGGAUCGGCCUCAUCCCAUGUCCCGGCAGCUGCUCCUAAUAGCCGAUAUCUGCCUCCAGGAUAUCGCCAGCGCAGACACUAUUAA